GCCUGCCCCCUUUAACAAGCGGCGGCGUUGUUGGCGAGGCCUGGGCGGAGAGAGAAGGGGCCGACCUGGGCCUCCGCCUUCCUUCCCCUCCGCUUCCCUUCCUUCCUUCUCCGCCCGGAGGCCUCUCCUCGUCUCCAGCACAGCCCUGCUUCCAAAGAUUUAUUCUUAUAACCAGUAGUCAAGAAAAAGCACAAUGGAGUUCUAUGAGUCUACCUAUUUUAUUGUCCUUGUCCCAUCCGUCGUGAUUGCCGUGAUCUUCCUCUUUUUCUGGCUUUUCAUGAAAGAAACACUGUAUGACGAAGCCCUCGCAAAACAAAAGAGGGACCAAAAGUUUCCACCUGCCAAGAUCGAUAAAAAGAAAGCAGAGAAGAAGAAGAGCAAAAAGAAAGAGGCCCAGAAUGGAACCCUUCACGAAUCUGACUCGGAAAGCACCCCCCGGGACUUCAAACUGUCUGACGCUUUAGGGGCCGAGGACGAGCACCUGCUUCCUUCCCAGCUAGGUGUGACAGAGGCCCCUGCCGGCCUCCGAGAGCGCAAGAAGAAGGAGAAAAAACACAAAGGGAGCCCAGAGGAACAUGCCUCGAAAGAGUCGGAUGGAGCCAAACCCACUGGGAAGAAAGUAGAACUGGUGCCUGUUACCAAACAGCCUACCCCACCUUCAGAGCCAGUUGCAUCUAAGAAGAAGGCUGGGCAAAAGAAGCAGAAAAACGGAAUAGAUGACCAGGAUUCCAAGAGUGACUCAUUUCUAUCCCCAUCCAAAAAGCAAGAUCCUCUCCUGUUGCAUCAUGAGAUAAAACAAGAAAGCGGAUCAGGAAAGAAGAAAGUGUCAGCAAAGAAGCAAAAGACAGAUAAUGCGAUGACCUUGGUUGAUGAGCCUUUGAUUCAUGCCACGACUUACAUUCCUCUGAUGGAUAAUUCUGACCAGAACCUGGCAGUGGAAAAGAGAGAAGUGGCUGAUUUGAUGAAGCAAGAUGGCAUUGAAGGGCUGCAGAAAAGCAACGCGAAGAAACUGAAGAACGAAACCGAUAAAGAAAACGCAGAGGUGAAAUUCAAGGACUUUCUCUUGGCUAUGAAAAACAUGAUCUUCACAGAAGAGGAAGCUUUGAGUGUGGUGGAGCUGCUGAAGGAGAAGUCAAAUGUGAUACAAGAUGUUCUGCAGAAGGCCAGUAAGGGAGAUUCAGCUGCAGUCCUGCAUCAGCUGCAAGAAAAGGACAAAUUGCUUGUGGCCUUGAAGGAAGAAGCGACUGUUGCAAAGGAGCAGUGCAAACAGUUCUCUCAGGAGCUGGUGUCAGAGAAGGAAAGGAACAACUUACUUGCAGCAAAGAUGAGAGAGCGCAUUGGUACCCUGGAAAAGGAGCAUGGAGUCUUUCAGAACAAGAUCCAUGUAGGCUACCAAGAAGCCCAACAGAUGAAAAUGAAGUUUCAACAACUUCGUGAACAAAUGGAGGCAGAGAUCAAUCGCCUGAAGCAAGAGAAUGGUAUCCUGAGAGAUGCUGUCAGUACGUCUACCAACCAAAUGGAAAGCAAACAGUCAUCAGAGCUCAAUAAAUUGCGCCAGGACUGUGCUAGGCUUGUGAAUGAGCUGACUGAGAAGAACAACAAAUUGCAGCAGGAGGAACUCCUCAAGAAGAAUGCAGAGCAAGCUGCUGGUCAGCUAAAAGCACAGCAACAGGAAGCUGAGAGAAGAUGGGAGGAAAUGCAAAGCUAUCUUAGGAAAAGAACAGCAGAACAUGAGGCAGCCCAGCAAGACAUCCAGAAUAAGCUUGUGGCCAAGGACAAUGAAAUCCAGAGCCUGCACAGCAAAUUUACUGAUACAAUGGUCUCAAAGCAACAGCUAGAACAAAGGAUGAGGCAAUUAAUGGAAGCAGAACAAAAGAGGGUCACGGCUGAGGAUUCGAUUCAGAGACAGGUGCAGGAGCUGAUGGAACAAAAUGAGGCUUUAAAAGCUCAGCUGCAGAAGUUCCAUUCACAGAUGGCAGUCCAGAGCUCGGCUUCAGCCCUCGCAGAAGAAUUGCACAAAGUAAUUUCAGAAAAGGAUAAACAGAUAAACCAAGCCGAGGAGGCAUUAGGCAAUGAACGCAUCAAGCUGACAAGCAAAGAAGAAGAGCUAAUGGUUGUGCAGAACAUUAAUAUGUCCCUGAAAGCAGAUGUGCAAAAGUUGCAGGCACUCAUAAAUGAGCAGGCGGCGGCUGCACAUGAGUUCGAAAGGAUGCAAAAGAGUACUCAGGUCAGAGACGAAAAACUCAGAGCCUUGGAAGAGCAGCUGCAGGAACACCAUGCCAAAGCUUCAAGUGCAAACGAGGAAGUUCAGGUGCUAAAGGAGCAAAACAAAGCUUUGCAUUUGGAAUUACAGAAGCUCCAAGCUCUCCUCUCCGAUCAGGCUGACAAGGAUUUAUUGGAGCAAAUGGAAAAAAGCAUCACAGAAAAAAAUGACAAAAUAAAGACUGUUGAAGAACUCCUUGAAACUGGGCUCAUAGAAAUGGCAAAUAAGGAAGAUCAACUGAAGGCACUGAGAACAGAGAACACAUCCUUGAAAAAUGAAAUUGAAGCUCUUCGGAGGGUGCAGACAGAACAGAUUUCCUUUGCAUCUUUGGUUGAAGAGUUGCAAAAAGUAAUCAGCGAAAAGGAUGGAAAGAUCAAAUCUGUGGAGGAGUUGCUUCAGGCCGAAGUCCUUAAAGUUGCUACCAAGGAAAAAACAGUCAUGGCGUUAACACAGGAAAUAGAGGCUCUGAAUGAAGAAGUAGGAAAGGCCAAGCUUGAAAAAGACUCGCAGAUAUCAGUUGCCCAAGAAGUCAAAGAACUUCAGAGUCUACUGAAGGGGAAAGAGGAACAGGUGAGAACCCUUGAGGUGUCUUUGAAAGAAAAGGAGAGCGAACUUGCCAAGAAAGGAGAGUGGCUUCAGGGUCAACAGGAUACAUUGCAGCACUUGAACAACAAAGUCAAAGAACUUGAACAGCUGAACUCUGAACAGAUAUCUGUUGGUUCCUCAAUCAAGGACCUUGAAGCUCUAUUGAGGGGGAAGCAAGAAGAAGUACAAAAGAUGGAGGCCUUAUUAGAUGAGAGGGGAAAAGAAGUUGCUCAGCACAGAAAAGAAUUGCAGGUGGUACAGGAAGAGAACCAGUUAUUGAGAGCACAAAUUCAGGAAAGAAAUCAAGGAAACAAUGAGCAGGAAUCUCUGGCUGUCAAGAAUGAACAGCUUUUGCAACUCAUUGUUGGGAAAGAGCAAGAGAUUGCCGGCCUCCAACAGGAGUUGGGCUCUUUGAAACAUGCAGUGGAGCAGCAGAGACAGAAAAACAAUGACCUUCGGGAGAAAAACUGGAAAGCAAUGGAAGCAUUGGCCUCAACUGAAAAAUUGCUGCAGGACAAAGUGAACAAGACUGCCAAGGAGAGACAGCAGUCUGUGGAGGUCGCUGAAGCAGAGAUGAGGGGGGUCUUGCAGAAGCUGUUUCCCACGGUGUCUCUUCCUUCUACCUUGAGUCACAACGAGUGGCUGCAUGGGUUUGAACAGGCAGUAAGAGAACAUACGAAAGAGACGUCACGACCAGAUGAAGUUAAGGCUUUGGAGCAGAAGUUGAAAGAGGCAGAAGAAUUGCACAUAAUGUUGCAGCAGGAGUGUGAGAAGUAUAAAGUAGUCCUUGCAGAGACGGAGGGAAUCUUGCAAAGGUUACAGAGGAGUGUGGAAGAAGAGGAGAGCAAAUGGAAAAUAAAAAUAGAAGAAUCUCAGAAGGAACUCCAACAGGUGCAGUCCUCGGUCACUCUUCUAGAGCAGGAAAUAGAAAGACUAAAGGAAGAAAACAAAGAAGUCGAUUCCCUUAAAAGGGAUAGACAACACUUGGAGCAGGAACUGGAAAAGGCGGAAAUAGAGCGAUCAACGUAUGUUUCAGAAGUUCGAGAGCUCAAAGAUCUGUUGACUGAAUUGCAGAAAAAGCUUGAUGACUCAUAUUCUGAAGCAGUAAGGCAGAAUGAAGAGUUAAAUUUGCUAAAAACACAAUUGAAUGAGACGGCAGCCAAACUCAACAUAGAUCAGGAAGAAAGGAAAAAAAUAGUUGCUGAUUUACCCAAGGCCCAUGAAUCCUUGGUGACUCUAGAAAGGGAAAUAGGAAAAGCUGCUGGAGACACUCACGUGAUAGAAAACAGUGACGUCUGUUCGCCAAUGGCUGGACCCGAUAAAAAUCUCAACGUAGCCGUGAAUCUAAGCCAGAAUGUUACCCAUCUCAAACAGCUGCUUGCAUCUGUCAGCCAAAUGCUCACAAAGGGAAAUGAACACUACCAGCUACUAGAAUGAAAUCAUGGGGAAGAUCCUUAAUUUGGGGGUAGCAGAAGGCACUGUAUUUUAUAUUUUGCCAAAUUAAAGCCUUAUUUAUGUGUUCACCCUUUCUACUUCGUCAAACACUGAACAGAGUUUUGUCUUUUCUACUCCUUGUUAGACUACUGAUUUAAACGAGAUGAUGAUGAAGACUCUGCGAACACCUCCAGAGUUUAGUUUUGUAAUACUUAAAUAAAUAAAGUUUGGAUAAUUAGAGCUUCACAUUCCGGGAGCUGCGGUAAACACAUAACCUUUUAUCUUUGCUAUGCUCAGUGAAACUUGUUCAGACACAACACAAACCCGACGUGGUAACAACAGCAACGUAACAUAACAUUUUAAUACUGACGGCCUGUGCUGUUUUACUUAGAUACAUUUUGGGGAGUAGCGGCCUCCGACUUCCAUCUUCAAGUGAACACUCCUCCUCCUUUCUCCCUCUCCUUUGUUCCCUCCUUCCUUCCUUCCUUUCUUUUUUGGUUGCUAAUGUAAUCAGUUUUUGUAAUGGUGUCGGCGAAUAAAGGGAUGCUUAUUACUCAAA